UUCCUGCUCAGGCGGGCGGGUGGACGGGCACCGGAGCCCUCAGGAGCUGGCCAGCCUGGAGCUGUGAUGGGCCCAGCCCAGCCCGCCAGCACCCUCCACCCCAUGGGCACAGGGUCUCCGGUGCCCUCUAUCAUGAUUCUCGCCCUGCUGGCUUUUGUCCUCUGCUGCUUCCAGGGGGCGGCCUGUGAGAAGGCCCCCGAAGGGGCCGCCCCCUCCGCGGCGUGGCGCUUCACCCACCCGCUCUACAAUGCCACCAUCUACGAGAACUCGGCCCCCAGGACCUAUGUGGAGAGCUUGGAGCAGAUGGGCAUCUUCCUGGCCAAGCCAGGCUGGGCUGUGCGGUACCGCAUCAUCUCCGGGGACGCGGCGGGCGUGUUCAAGGCCGAGGAGCUGGUGGUGGGCGACUUCUGCUUCCUGCGCAUCAGGACCAAGAGCAGCAACGCCGCGCUCCUCAACCGCGAGGUGCAGGCCAGCUACACCCUGCUGGUGCAGGCCUCUGACGCUGCCCGGGAGCUGUCGGCGCUGGCCCGCGUGGCCGUGCGCGUCCUGGACCGCAACGACCUCAAGCCCCUGUUCUCGCCGCCCUCCUACCGGGUCACCGUCUCAGAGGACACACCCCUGCGGACCUCCAUCUGCAAGGUGACGGCCACGGACGCCGACCUGGGCCAGAACGCAGACUUCUACUACGCCUUCCAGCCCCGCUCGGAAGUGUUCGCCGUGCACCCCACGAGCGGCGUGGUCACCCUGGCCGCCCCGCUCAACGCCACGGCGCGCGCUGGCUACGAGCUGCGGGUGCUGGCCCUGGAGCGCGUGCGCAGGGCCCCUCAGGCCGGCGGGCCAGGCCCCCAGGCGCCGCUGCAGGUCCGCGUGCAGCCCGCACCCCGCAGGCCCCCCGCCAUCGUCUCGGUGGCCCUGGCCCCGCGGGACGCCCCCGAGGAGGACGCCGGCUAUGCCACGGUACUGGUGGAGGCGGGCAGCUCCGGGGCUCCUGUGGAGGCCGUGGACGUGGUGGGCGGCGAUCCCGGAGGGCACUUCCGAGCCGUCAGCUCCUAUGCCCGGAGCGGCGAGUUCAGGCUGGUGGCGGCCAGAGACAUCGACUGGACGCUGCACCGCCAGGGCUUCAACCUCAGCCUCCAGGCCCGAGCAGGGGGCGGCCUGGGCGCGUACUCACAGGUCCGGGCCUUCCACCUGCCCCCCGGGCCGCGGGCCUGGCCGCGCUUCCAGCAGGCGGUGUUCCGCGUGCGGCUGAGCGAGUUCUCCCCGCCCGGCAGCCGCGUGGCGCUGCUGAGGGUGGCGGGCGCUCCGCCCGGCCUGCGCUACCUGCUGCGGCCCGGCCCCGACAGCGCGGCCUUCAAGCUGCACGCCCGUUCGGGCCUCCUCUGCACCGCCGCCUGGUUGGACUUCCGGCGGCGGGCGCACUUCCGGCUUCACGUCAGCACCUCAGCGGGGCCCGCUGCCGCCACGGUGAGCGUCGAGGUCCUGGCCGGCAAUAGCCACGCCCCCGUCUUCAACAAGUCCUCCUACGAGGCCGCCUUUGACGAGAACGUCCCCCCGGGCACCGCCGUCCUGACGGUGGCCGCCAUGGAUGUGGACCACGGCGACAACGGCUCUGUCACCUACUCCAUCGAGGGCCCCAGAGCCGUGCCGUUCGCCAUCGACCCCUUCCGGGGGGUCAUCUCCACCAACAAGCCCAUGGACUACGAGCUCAUGCAGAGGGUCUACACCUUCCGGGUGCGCGCCGCCGACUGGGGGUCCCCUUUCCGCCGGGAGACGGAAGUGUCCGUGUCUCUCCGCCUCAGGAACCUCAACGACAACCGGCCCAUGUUCGAGGGCGUCAACUGCACCGGCUCCAUCCGCCACACCUGGCCGGUGGGCAAGCCGCUGGCCACCUUGUCGGCCAUCGACGUGGACGAGCUGCAGAACCUGCGCUACGAGCUGCUGGCGGGCAACGAGCUGGGCUGCUUCGACCUGCACCCCUUCUCGGGGGUGGUCUCCCUCAAGCGCCCCCUGGGGGACCAACCCGCCAACUUCUCCCUGAGCAUCACGGCCUGGGACGGGGCCCACUACGCGGCACCCACCACGUUGCGCGUGGCCGUGGUGAGGGAGCCACGCCUGGAGGCGCCGGUCACCUGCGCUGACACCGGGGCGCUGGCCCACUUCACCAGGGCCGUGCUGAGCGCAGUGCAGCCGGGGGACCCGCAGUCCAGCGAGGAGGACUCGGUCCCCCCGAGCGCCUAUCAGGCCAACCAGCACGCCCCCCGCUUUGAGGACCACUUCCCACAGUCCAUCGACGUCCUGGAGAACGCCCCCCUGGGCACCCCCCUGGCCCUGCUGGCCGCUGCUGACCCCGACCCCGGCUUCAGCGGCCGGAUGGUCUACGCGCUGGCCGAGGGCAACGAUGACGGCUGCUUCGACAUCGAGCUGGACACUGGGCUGCUCACGGUGGCCGCCGCCCUGGACUACGAGGCCACCAGCUUUUACAGCCUCAACGUCACCGUGCACGACCUGGGCGCCCCUCGCAAGUCCUCCUGGAAGCUGCUGACGGUCAGCGUGAAGGACUGGAACGACAAUGCGCCCAGGUUCCCUCCUGGGGGCUACCAGGUCGCCGUCCCCGAGGACGCGGAAGUGGGCUCCACGGUGGCCCAGCUGCAAGCCAAGGAUGCGGACUCGGAGGACAACGGGAGGGUCCGAUACACCCUGCUGAGCCCCACGGAGAAGUUCUCCCUGCACCCCCUCACGGGGGAGCUGGUGGUGGCCUCACGCCUGGACCGGGAGGCAGCCCCUCACUACAUGCUCAAGGUGGAGGCCAGGGACCAGCCGGUGGACGGCAGCCCCCAGCACUUCUGCAUCACCGACCUGACAGUCAUAUUGGAGGACGCCAACGACAAUUCGCCGCAGUGCAUCCCAGAGCGCAGCAGCCUGAAGGUCCCCGAAGACCUGCCUGUGGGCACCCUCCUGACCUUUCUGGACGCCUCUGACCCUGACUUGGGCCCCGCAGGGGACGUGAACUUUGUCUUGCUGGACGAUGCCCAUGGCACCUUCCGGGUGGACCACAUGACAGGGGCACUCAGCCUGGAGUCCCAGCUGGACUUCGAGAGGCAGGCUGGCUACAACCUGAGCCUGUGGGCCAGUGACAGUGGGAGGCCCCGGCCACGCAGGUCCCUCUGCCACGUUGAGGUGAUUGUCCUGGAUGUGAAUGAGAAUCUCCAUCCGCCCAGAUUUGCCUCCUUCGUGCACCAGGGCCACGUACAGGAGAACAGUCCCCCAGGGACCUCAGUGAUGGCCCUCGUGGCCCAGGAUGAUGACAGCGGCUUAGAUGGGGAAGUGCAGUACUUCCUGCGUGCUGGGACCAGCCUGGCAGCUUUCAGCAUCAACCAAGACUCAGGCAUGAUUCAGACCCUGGCUCCCUUGGACCGGGAGGAGGUGUCCCACUACUGGUUGACGGUGCUGGCGGUGGACAGGGGUUCCAGCCCCCUCUCUGCAGUGACACAAGUCUACAUCGAGGUGACAGAUAUCAAUGACAACCCACCCCGCCUGUCCAGUCCAGUGUUCUAUCCCUCUGUGCGGGAAGAUGUGCCCCCACAUAGCCCUGUGCUUCAGCUGGAUGCCUGGGACCCUGACACUAGCUCUGCCGGGAAGCUGACCUUCAACAUCACCAGUGGGAACCACCAGGGGAUCUUUGCUGUUCACCCCAACACAGGUCUUCUGUCCACAGUGUGGCUGCUAGACCGAGAGCUGAAGGAUGAACACAUUCUGGAGGUGACCGUGCUAGAUGGUGGGGACCCACUGCUGAGAUCAACCUGCAGAGUGGUGGUGCAUGUGGAGGAUGCCAAUGACAACCCCCCAGCCUUCUCCCAUAAGCUCUUUACGGUUCGCCUGUUGGAGGGCCUGGGGGCCCCAGGACCCCUGUACAGGCUAGUGGCGUCUGACCCUGAUGAAGGGCUCAAUGGCAGGGUCACCUACAGCAUCGAGGAGAGCGACCAGGAGGGUUUCAGCAUUGAGCCAGCCACGGGCCUGGUGACAGCCAACCGCACCUUCCAGGCUGGAGAGUACAACAUCCUGACAGUUAAGGCCACAGAUGGGGGACAGCCUGCGCUCUUAGCCAGUGUCCGACUGCACAUGGAGUGGAUCCCACGGCCCCAACCCUCUGCUGCCAUCCCGCUGGCCUUCGAUGAACCUCACUAUAGCUUCACCGUCAUGGAAACAGACCCUGUGAAUCACAUGGUGGGGGUCAUCAGUGUGGAGGACCGGCCUGGUCUCCUCUGGUUCAGAAUCUCAGGUGGGGAUGAGGACAUGGACUUUGACAUCGAGAAGACCACAGGCAGCAUGCUCAUCACCAGGCCCCUUGACGCGAGGAGGAGGUUCAGCUAUAACUUGACUGUGGAGGUGACCGACGGGGUCCAAACUAUCACCACUCAGGUCUCCAUCGCCAUGAUAGCAAAUGUCAACCGCCACCGGCCCCAGUUCUUGGAGACAACCUAUGAAAUCAGGGUCCCACAGGAUACACUGCCAGGUGUGGAGCUCCUGCGAGUGCAGGCUAUAGAUCCAGACCCAGGCAAGGGCCUCAUCUACACCAUCCAUGGCAGCCAGGACCUGGCCAGUGCCAGCCUCUUCCAGUUGGACCCCAGCAGUGGGGUCUUGGUGACUGUGGGGAAGCUGGGCCCAGGACCCUGCCAGCACAUGCUGACCAUCAUGGUCCGAGACCAGGAGAUGCUCAUCAAGAGGAACUUUGUGUGGGUGUUUGUCCACAUCAAGGCUGGGAACCUCCACCAGCCCCAAUUUGUCCAGCAAUACUAUGAGGCCAGAAUCCCUGACUCGGUGGCACCUGGCACAGAGCUGCUUCAGAUCCGAGCUGUGGAUGGUGACCAGGGAGCCAAUGCUGAGGUCCACUACUCCCUCCUCAAAGGGAACAAUGAAGGUCUCUUUGGGGUGGACGCCCUCCUAGGCAUCAUCACUCUGGCGCAGAAGCUUCCCCAGGUUGGCCACACCUGCUAUACUCUGACAGUGAAGGCACAAGACCAGGGCUCCCCACCACAGCACGACCUGGCUACCAUGACUGUUCAUGUCUACCCCUCAGAGAGGAGCUCUCCCGUCUUUUCUCAAACAGAAUACUUUGUGGAGGUGCCAGAAUCCAUCCCUGUAGGCUCCCCCAUCCUCCAGGUCUGGGCCACCAGCUCAUCAGACGUGACCUAUGAGCUGAGAGAGGGGAACAGGGGUGGUGUGUUUGCUGUGAAUUCCUACUCAGGCCUCCUGUCCACCCAGAAGCAGCUAGACCAUGAGGCCAUCUCAUCCUACCAGCUAAAGAUCCGAGGUAGCACCCGGGCAGGUGGCUCUGCAGACAUUAUGGUCCUGGUGGACAUCAUUGAUGAGAAUGACAAUGCCCCUGUGUUCUUGGGGCACACAUUUGUGGGUCACCUUAGUGAGGCAGCACCCCCUGGCAGCCUGGUCACAGACGAGGGUAACAACCCACUGGUGCUCUAUGCCACAGAUAGUGACCAGGGUGUCAAUGCCUUGCUAACCUAUGCCAUCCUGGAUCCUGAGGCCCUGAGAUUCUUCCGAGUGGACACCAGCAUGGGGACACUGCGCAGCGUGAGGGCGAUGGACUAUGAGCUCACACCCUCUUUCCAGUUCAGCGUCUAUGUGCAUGACCAGGGCAGCCCCACCCUGUAUGCACCUGAGCCUGCACAGGUCAUCGUGCGGGUGGGGGAUGUCAAUGACUGUGCACCCCGGUUCUCAGCACAGGUGUAUGAAGUCCCUGUGCUGUGGCCCAGUCCCCAAGGCAUGGAGCUCCUCACCGUGCAGGCCCUUGACCCAGAUUCUGAGGUCACUUUCAGCAUAGAAGCCGGAAAUGCCGAUGGGGCAGUGGCUAUCCAGCUGGCCACUGGGUGCUUGUGGGUGUCAGACCCCACACUCCUGGGCCAGUCCCGGGAGCUCAGCGUCAGGGCCUCAGACGGGCUGCACCAAGACAUUGCCCUGGUGAAGGUCACCCUGGUGCCAGCUCAGAACUCCAGCCUGCAGUUUGAGCUGGACGAGUACUGGGCAACUGUGAAGGAGGGCAUGCAGGACCACCGGGUAUUAGCCAUCUUGGGUGUACAUAACUGCCGCCCGAAUGACACACUCUCUUUCUUCCUCCUGAAUGGCACUGAGCUUUUCCGCAUGGUCAGGUCAGCAGGUGUGCUGCUGACCAAAGGCUUGGCACUGGACCGGGAACAGCAGGACACCUACGAACUGGCCGUGGAAGCCAGGGAUGAUCGGGUGCCCCCUCGGGUGGCCCGGGCUCUGGUGAGGGUCUUUGUUGAGGAUGCCAAUGAUAACCUGCCUGAAUUUCAGCACCUGCCUUAUUCCAUCAUUAUCCCUGAUGGCACUGAGCCAGGGGACGUCCUCUUCCAGGUCUCAGCCACUGACCAGGACCUGGGGGCCAAUGGUGCCGUCACAUACAUGCUAGCGGAAGAUUAUCCAUAUUUUCGGAUUGACCCUUACCUUGGGGAUAUCUCACUCAGGAAGCCCUUAGACUAUCAGACUCUGAAUAAGUAUCACCUCCGAGUCAUUGCCCAGGAUGGGGGGACUCCCCCAUUGCAGACAGAAGAAGAAGUGCUGGUCGUCGUGAGAAACAAGUCCAACCCCCUGUUCCAGAGCUCCUAUUACAAAGUCAAGGUGCCUGAGAACAUUCCUCUGUACACCCCAAUUCUCCACACCCAGGCCCGCAGUCCCGAGGGACACCGGCUCAUCUACAACCUUGUGGAGGAGCCACCUCUGGUGCUGCUUGCUGUUGACUUCAAGACGGGUGUCCUGCGUGUGGCUGGCCCCUUGGACUACGAGGCUGCCACCCGGUACAUCUUCACCAUCAGAGCCACCGACACAGCACUGGGCUCCUUCUCUGAAGCCACAGUGGAACUCCUGGUGGAGGAUAUCAAUGACAAUGCCCCUACCUUUCCCCAGCCAGUCUACACUGCUUCUGUCGCAGAGGGCUUGCCUGCCCAGACCCCUGUAAUCCAGCUGCUGGCUUCCGACCAGGAUUCAGGGAUGAACCGCGAUGUUUCCUAUCAGAUUGUGGAGGAUGGCUCUGAGGCCUCCAAGUUUUUCCAGAUCAACAGGAACACUGGGGAGAUGUCUACAGCCCAGGAGCUGGACUAUGAGAUCCAGCAGCACUUCCAUGUGAAGGUCAGGGCUGUGGACAGAGGUGACCCCCCACUGACCGGUGAGACCCUGGUGGUGGUCAAUGUAUCGGACAUCAAUGACAACCCCCCUGAGUUUAGGCAGCCUCAGUAUGAAGCCAGUGUGAGUGAGCUGGCCACCUGUGGCCACCUGGUCCUCCGAGUCCAAGCCUCUGACCCUGACAGCAGGGAUGCCUCAAGCCUGGAGUACUUGAUCCUUUCUGGCAACCAGGACCGGCACUUCUCCAUCAACCGCUCUUCAGGGAUCAUUUCCAUGCUCAACCUCUGCAAAAAGCACCUGGACCCCGCCUAUAGCCUGAGGGUAGGGGCAUCGGAUGGGGUCUUCCGAGCAACUGUGCCUGUGUACAUCAACACCACAAACGCCAACAAGUAUGAUCCCACAUUCCAGCAGCACAUGUAUGAGGCAGAGCUGGCAGAGAAUGCCGAGGUGGGGACCCAUGUGAUCGAGCUGCUGGCUACAGAUAGGGACAGUGGCCCUUAUGGUACUGUGAACUACACUAUCAUCAACAAGCUGGCAAGGGAGAAGUUCUUCAUUGGCCCUGGGGGCCAGAUCACUACCCUACAGAAGCUGGACCGGGAGAACUCCACUGAGAGGGUUGUGGACAUCAAGGUCAUGGCUCGAGAUGGCGGGGGCCGUGUGGGCUUCUGUACCGUGAAGAUAAUACUCACAGAUGAAAAUGACAACCCUCCCCGCUUCCCGGCAUCUGAGUACAUUGUGUCCAUUCCAUCCAACACUGGCAAAGAUGCCCCUAUAAUCCAGGUGCUGGCCUAUGAUGCAGAUGAGGGCCACAACGCGGACGUCACCUACUCCGUGGAUGCAGCUGAACAACUGGAUGAGGAGUUGGUGGCAGUGGACCCUGCCACAGGCAUGGUCAAUGUGAAGGAGAGCCUGGUGGGGCUGGAGAACCGGGCCUUUGACCUCAGGAUCAAAGCCCAGGACGGGGGCCCCCCUCACUGGAUCUCGCUGCUGCUUCUGCGACUCCAGGUGGUCCCCAAUGAAGUGUCCUUGCCCAAAUUUUCUGAACCUCUGUACACCUUCUCGGCAUCGGAAGACCUUCCCAAGGGGUCAGAGAUUGGUUUUGUUAAGGCGGUGGCAGCUCAGGACCCAGUCGUUUACAGCUUGGUGGAGGGGACCAUGCCAGGGAGCAACAAGGAAGGCGUCUUCUCCCUGGACCGGGACUUGGGGCUCCUGAAGGUGAGGAAGCCCAUGGACUACGAGUCCAUCAAGUGGUACCAGAUUUAUCUCAUGGCCCACUGCCCCCACAAUGGAACAUAUUUAGUCUCCUUGGCGUCUGUUAUCAUCCAGGUGAAGGAUGUCAACGACAAUAAGCCAAUAUUUGAGGCUGACCCAUAUAAGGCCGUCCUCAUGGAAAAUAUGCCUGCAGGGACCUUGGUCAUCCAAGUGACAGCCAAUGACAGGGACACUGGCAGUGAUGGCCAAGUGAGCUAUAGGCUGCCUGUAAACCCUGGGAGCAACAUUCACGAACUCUUUGCUGUCGACAGUGAGACAGGCUGGAUCAGCACUCUCCAGGAGCUCGACUGUGAGGCCCACCAGACCUACCACUUUUAUGUAGAGGCCCACGACCAUGGCCACACAGUCCAGCUGUCCUCCCGGGUCCUGGUGGAAGUUUCUAUCACAGACGAGAAUGACAAUGCCCCCCGGUUUGCUGCUGAAGACUACCGGGGGUCGGUGGUAGAGAACAGUGAGCCUGGUGAACCUGUGGCUAUUCUUAAGACCCUGGACGCCGAUGUCACUGAACAGAAUAGACAGAUCACCUGCUACAUCACAGAGGGAGACCCCCUGGGCCAGUUUGGCAUCAGCCAGGCUGGAGAUGAGUGGAGGAUUUUCUCCAGGAAGACCCUGGACCGUGAGCACACUGCCAAGUACUCUCUCAGAGUUACAGCUUCCGACGGCAAGUUCCAGGCUUCUGUCCCCAUGGAGGUCUAUGUGCUGGACAUCAAUGACAACAGCCCACAGUGCUCCCAGCUUCUUUACACGGGCAGUGUCAGGGAAGACGCAUCCCCAGGGACCUCCAUCCUGAUGGUCUCUGCUACGGACUUGGAUGCUGACACCAAUGCUCAGAUAACCUUCUCUCUGCAUGGUCCUGGGGCUGGCGAAUUUCAGUUGGACCCACACACAGGGGAUCUGGCCACGCUCUCAGCCCUGGACCGUGAGAGGAAGGAUGUAUAUAGCUUUGUGGCCAAGGCGACGGAUGGGGGUGGCCGGUCCUGUCAGGCCGAUGUGACCGUGCAGGUGGAGGACGUGAAUGACAACGCCCCUCAUUUCUUCCCCCGACACUGUGCUGUGGCCGUCUUUGACAAUACCACUGUCAAGGCACCUGUGGCUGUGGUGCUGGCCCGAGACCCUGACCAAGGGACCAAUGCCCAGGUGGUGUACUCUCUGACGGACUCAGCCGAGGGCCACUUUUCCAUCGAGGCCACUACAGGUGUGAUCCGGCUGGAAAAGCCAUUGCGGGUGAGGCCGCAGGCACCCCUGGAGCUCACUGUUCGGGCCUCUGAUUUGGGCACCCCGAUCCCGCUAUCUUCGCUGGGCACUGUCUCCAUCUCUGUGGUGGGCCUGGAUGACUACCUGCCUGCCUUCUUGAACCCAGAGCACAGCGUGCAGGUGCCUGAGGAUGCCCCACCUGGCAGUGAGGUGCUACGGCUGGAUACCCUCACCCGCCCUGGCACCCAGAAGACAGGCUACAGGCUGGUCAGUGGGAAUGAGCAGGGCAGCUUCCGCCUGGAUGCCCACUCAGGAAUCCUGUACGUCAACAGGAGCCUGGACUUUGAGACCAGCCCCAAGUACUUCCUGUCCGUCGAGUGCAGCCGGAAAGGCUCCUCCUCCCUCAGUGACGUGGCUACAGUUGUGGUCAACCUCACAGAUGUCAAUGAAUACCAGCCCCGCUUCCCACAGGACCUAUACAGUGUGCUUGUCCCGGAGAAUACUGUGGUGGGCACCGUCGUGCUGGCUGUAUCUGCGACUGAUGCUGAUGGGCCUCUGAACAGUGCCCUCACCUACAGCCUAGUUGGGGGGAACCAGCUGGGCCACUUCGCUGUCAACCCUGAGACCGGGGAACUACGGGUAGCCAGGGCCCUCGACUGGGAGCAGACUUCCAGCUAUGCCCUGCGGCUCCGGGCCAUGGACAGUGGGAAGCCGCCCCUACAUGAGGACAUAGCUGUCACUGUCCUUGUGGUAGAUGUCAACGACAAUCCGCCCAGGUUCUUCCAGCUUAACUACAGUACUUCUGUGCAGGAGAGCUCCCCCGUGGGCAGCACAGUCCUGCAGCUGAUUCUGAGUGACCUUGACUCCCCCAAGAAUGGUCCUCCCUACUCCUUCCGCAUCACUAAAGGGAACAAAGGCUCUGCCUUCCGAGUUAGCCCUGAGGGCUGGCUGGUGACCACCAUGGAGCUGAGCAGGACAGUGCAGGACCGCUAUCAGCUUCAGAUUGAGGCUUCUGACAGUGGUCACCCUUCCCUCACAUCGUCCACGUUGGUCAACAUCCUUGUCACUGAGCGUAGUCUGUACCCACCCUCUGCUCUCCCGCUGGAGGUCUCCAUCACUGUUGGGGAGGAGGAGUUUCAGGGUGGCCUGGUGGGCAAGAUCCAUGCCACUGACCGCGACCCCCAGGACACACUGACUUUCAGCCUGAAGGGCGAGGCCCUGGGUGGGCAGUUCUCAGUGGGCACAUCAGAUGGCAAGAUCCUGGCUGUCCGGGGGCUGCUGCCUGGCCGCUACUCCUUCAACGUCACAGUCAGUGACGGGACCUGGGACGCCACGGCUGGAGUCCACGUGCGCGUGUGGCAGGCAGGGCCUGAGAUGCUUCGACAGGCCAUAUGGCUGAGCCUCCACCAGCUCAGCCCUGAGGAGCUGGUCAUUGACCACUGGCGGAACCUGCAGCGCUUCCUCAGCCACACACUGGAUGUCCGGCGUGCCACCAUCCACCUGGCUAGCCUGCAGCCCACAGAGGCCGCUGCAGGUGUGGACCUGCUCCUGGUCUUCGAGGGUCAUUCUGGAACCUUCCACCAACUGCAGGAGCUCACAGCCACCAUCACACGUGCAGCCCAGGAGAUGGAGCGCUCAGUGGGGGUGCAGCUGCGGGCAGCUGUGCCUGUGGUGCCCUGCCUGGGGCCCAGCUGCCAGGUGCAGACCUGCCAGCACUCAGUGCACCUGGAGCCCAGUGUGGGGCCUCCGUACAGCACUGCCCGGCUCAGCAUCCUGACCCCCCGGCAUCGCCUGAAGAGGAGCUGCCCCUGUAAUGGCACAGCAGCCAAGUUUGGGGGGCAAAGCUAUGGGCGGUACCACCUCCCAGCAACACAGACCUGGCACAUUCACCUCCGUCUGAAGACCCUCCAGCCACAGGCCGUCCUCCUGGUCAGCAAUGAGACCAUCGGCAUAUUCCUGAAGCUAGUGGGCGGAGCACUGCGGCUGGAGUACCGCUGCCCAGGCGGCUUCCAUGGAAACCUGUCCUUGGGGCUGCACGUGAGCGAUGGGGCCUGGCACUCAGUGAGCAUGGCGGGGACCGACUCGGCCACCAGCCUGCAGGUGGACAGCGGGAGUGUAGCCUCCCUGGAGCUUCCAAAUGGCUGCCGAAGCCACUGGCCAGUGGGAACCCUCCUCCUGGGUGGCCUGGCCGCCCCACCCACAGCCCCCAACGUGUCCCAGGGCUUCCGUGGCUGCCUGGACGGCCUGGCCAUCAACGGGGCAGUGCUGGAGCUACUGGGCCCCACCGGGCCGGCGGACGGCUGGCUGGAGAGGCAGGAGCUCGAGCCCUGCUGCCCACAGCAUGGCCUCUGUAGCCCGAACCCCUGCCUCAAUGGCGGGUGGUGCUUGCAGGCCCCUGGGGCAGGCUACAUGUGCCAGUGUCCCCCCCAGUUCUGGGGGCAGCACUGUGAGUGGAGCCAGAACUGCUCUUCCCACUGCGGGGAUGGAGGAAGCUGUGUCUCCCCCUUGGAAGGGACCUCCUGCCACUGUCCUCACCCUCAGCAGGGGGACAGGUGUGAGAUGGAAGCGAGGGGUUGCUCCGGAGGCCAGUGCCUGGUGACCCCCAACAUCCUGAGUGGGAACUGGGAGCUGCAGGAGACCCUGCUUCUCCUGGGAGCCCUGCUGCUGGUGCUAGUGGCUGCUGUGGGCCUCCUGUUCUAUUGUCGCCACCGCCGGGCCCACAAGCCUGUGGCCAGGGAGGACCCCGACCUGCUGGCCAGGAGUGUGGGUGUGGACACCCAGGCUGCUGCCUCCAUGGAGCUCAGCCCAUUGAGUGCCGGCUCCCGUGACCACCUGAGCCCCCCGGAGCCUGGCAAGGCCUCGCUUCCCAGUGAGCUGCUCACCUUUGGACCCAGCCCCAAACACCGGCCUGUGGUCUGCAGUGUGCCCCCUAGACUCCCCCCAGCAGCACCCCCUUCCCGCUGUGACGAGCCCCCUGCCAUGAAGAGGACCUGGUCAGGCGAAGAGCUGGUGUUCCCAGGCAGGGCCCAGGCCUGGCCCCCCAUCUACUCCAGGAAGGAACACUGGGAAUACCCACCUGCUGAAGGCCCCCCAGGGACGCUGCCACCUGCACCUCUCUGCCACCAGCCGCCAGCCGUGAUGCCUGAGCCACCCGGCCUCUAUGGGGGCUUCCCCUUCCCCCUGGAACUGGAAAACAAGCGGGCCCCCCUCCCGCCCCACUACAGCCACCAGAAUCUGGAGGACUUGCUGCCACCCAGGCCCCCCAGCCCCAGGGAGCACUUGGUGGCGCCCUGCCUCAAUGAGUACACCGCCAUCAGCUACUACCACUCACAGCUGCACCAGGGCCCCGGGGGCCUUGGCCUGGGACAGGGGGGCUACAAGGGUAUGAGCAUGCGCCUCAGCCGGGCCGGCCCCUCCUACGCAGACUGUGAGGUGGGGGGCGGGCUCCCCUCCAGCCGAGGCCAGCUUCCUAUCCCCCCUAACUACGCAGGCUCCGACCAGGUGGAGAGUGAUUACGGGAGCUGCGAGGAGGUCAUGUUCUAGCUGUUCCAGGAAGCAGGAGUGAGGGCAUGUGGCGGGGCGAGCAAGAGGGAGCCACCCAGGCUGAGCCACCACACCUAGCAGUGCUCUUCCAGGUGGAGGGAGAGCUUCAGAAGCAUCAUGGCCUGAGAGGGGCACACAGCAGCCCCUGAGCAACAGGGGGCUGAGCAAGAGGGAUGUGUGGGCAGGCCAGCCAGGCGGGGCCUACACAGGGCUUGUCAAGCACUGCUCACACCACCAGGGAGCAAGGGCAGGGCCUGGUGGAAACAGGCCAGUUCACCAUAGGGAGGGCCACAGGGUGUGCUUCCAGGCAGGAGGAUAGCAGCCCUGAGGUCACAGGACCAGAGUCUCUGCAUGCCAGGCAUCUGCCGAGCAGAAAGGUAGGACGGGCAGGACGAGCACCCAGGGGAUGAGUCUGGCCUGGGCCCAGGCCCCAAAGCCCAGAGUCUGAGAACACCAUGCUUUCUAGUCCCCUGAUGGCCAGCUGGGUGGAAGGCUGCAGUGGCCUGUGCCCUUGGUCAAGAAUUCAGACCUCGCCCAAGCCUGGGUUUAUCACUCUUGAGUUUAUUAUGGGCAGAGGCAGGACGGAUGUCACCGUUCCUUUUUAUAAAUCCAUAGGCACUUUUGACCUUGCUCUCAGGACAAGGGGCCUCAGAGGGGUCUUUCUUCCUAGAGGCAAGGAAGCCACAGGGCAGGGAGAGCUACCCAGGGUGGGAAGGAUAGUAGAUGUCCAGCCCUCUCUGGAUGUCUCUCUUGCCAGUCAAGCCAAGUGUUAACUGUAGUGACUGACCCUAAGAGAGGACAGUCAGUGUGGACAUAUGUCUGUGUGCCAGAGUGUGCAGACAUAUAAUGUGAAUACCCAUGUGGAUGUGCAGUGAGCAUUCACAUGUGGACAGUGGUGAGUGUUCACAUGUGACAUGGAUGCAUGGCGUGUGUGCACAUGUGGAUACACAUGUGGACACAUGCAUACAUGAUAUGUGCACAUGUGGAUGCCAUGAAUGCCAGGGCAUCUGUGUACAGGUGGGCACUAUGAGGGAUGGCCCACAUGUGCACACACUCAGACUGUGUAGCAGGAGUGGCAGUGCCAGGGCAUCCUGUGACCUUGCCACCCGCUACCCUGCUCAUACCCUUCCCUGGUCCACUGCCUUUUCAUGUGUUGCUUCUGGAGACAAAAGUCAAAAGGAAGAGCAAUGGUGAUUGUCACCCCCAGGGCUGCUGUGGCAAGCUGUGUGGGUGAGGGUGUGUGCUGGUGUCCCAUGCUGGCGAUAUACCUCCAAUGCAGGCUGCUAGUCGUGUUUUUUUUGUUUGUUAGCCAUAAAGUAUCUUUUUCACUGUUCCGUGUUGCUUGGCUUGUGUGGAGUCAUGUCAGGGGAAGAACAUGGGGUCCACAGGUCCCUCCAAGUGUAGGUGCAUGGGGUCUGGGAAGGGCCCCACAGGUUGCUAGGCUCCGUGUAGCCCAAACAGCAGAAAGGCCAAAGCACUGACCCUAGGCACCACUGGCACAAUAGCCUGUAGUCCUGAUCCAGCUGUGCAGUGAGCUGAGUUCCUCCACGCAGAGAAGUGGGGAAUAGGCCUUGAGUGACAGGACUGGGACUCUGGGACAGGGCCCUUAUCAGGCACCACCUGGGCUGGCUGAGAGGGGGCUUAGUACCACAGGGGCCAGCUCGCCUGCCCUGCUCACAGCUCCCAUGGAGACAUAGCCAGGAUACCAGACCCCUCCCCAUUUGGUGACAUCGGAAAGUCCCACCCCUGCAGUCACCCCAGUGCAAUAGGCAGGGGUUCCUGACCCAGGGUGACAGUCACCCCAGUACCAUGCACGCCAAGCAGGGGUGGCUUGGAUACCUUUCUACAAAAGGAAGCAUGAGCCACACUUCGUGUCACAGACGUGGGGAGCAGGAACCCAGAGCAGUGUAAACUAUAAGCUGUCACCAUGGAGACGUCACUGACCAAGCACACCACAAAAAAAGCACAAUCAGCCCAGCAUUCCCACUCUCUUACCAUGUUUGAAGUCUGCUUGAUAGGGCAGCAUUGUGCUGUGGCUCACCUAAUGCUUUUCCUUUAGUAUAUUCAGAUCAUUAGAAAUAGAGUCUCUUUGCAUAACCAUUAUGCUUUCUACUCCCAUCCAAGUAACUAGUUUUUCUAAAGUGCAUGUCUUAGAAACCAGGGCUCCUCAAUCUUUGGAAACAGAUCUGGUUGAUCUUUAUCUCACAGUCCCUACUCAGACCAGAGUAGGAGUUUGUUGGAUGUUUCAGUGCUACAAAAAUCACAGCAGGGGCCUGGGAAGAGGGCUGGGCUCGAUGGCCAUCUCUCCACGGGGGGGGGGGGGGGGGGCUGGCAUCAUGCAAAAGGCAGGUAUAGGGGGAACAGGACAGCUGCACAGGGCAGGUAUGAGCCCUGGGCGGAAAGGGAUGCCUGCAUACACAGCCCCUGUGGGACUUCCUAAAGUGGCACACAUGGUAGAAUACAUAUUACUUUGUUUAUGGACCCAGGUUCAAGCCCCUACUUCCCACCUACAGAACUGGAAGCUUCACAAGUGGUGAAGCAGUGCUGCAGGUAUCUCUCCUUCCUACCUCCCCUGUCCUCAAUUUCUUACAGUCAAAUAAAAGGGGAAAAAUCACCAGGCUGACACACAACCUGUUCCCAGGCCCCCAUUACACCCCCUGCUCAGGAACCUACACCUUCACAGAUAAACCACCAGAGGGCGCUCAGGGACUGAGAACCAGUCCUGAUUUUAGAAGAUUUUCAGGGAAACCUAUCACCCUAAGCCUUGGGCUCCUGGGCUGAGUUUGGCAUGGCAUAACAGUGGCAGAGAAAGGCAGGUCUCUGUCUUCCAUGCCAGGCACUUCCUCAGAUCACCACCAUCACUGCCUCCAUCACCCCCACUGGCAUUGCCAAACACCCAAGUACCACCAGGCCUGGGUCAUGUCACCUUUGCACCCUCACGGCAAUCCAUCUCCAUCUUACACACAGAUAGACUAUGACUCAAGUUGCUUUUGACAGAACAGAGUAUCUGGAUUUGGGGGAUUGGGCUUCAGGCCACCAGUGACCUUGAACAUGAAGCACUGGGGAGCAUGAACAGAGUUGGUCCUACAAGGAAGGGAAGGUGCAACGUGCCAGGAGUGGUGUCAAAGAUGAGACAGCACCCCCAUGGCAGGACAGAGGUCACACAGUCACCUGUGAUUUGGGGUCCGGGCCUUGCAGAGCAGACACAGCUUCCCCGCUGAAAUGGGACACAAGGAAAUUGCAGUCCUUACUAUGCUGAGGCCCUGGGUUCUCCCUGAAUAGCAGAGUGCUGCUUUGGUGUCUCUCUCUUGUCUCAAACACACAGAGAAUAAAAGUUGAGUGGGAAAACAGCUCAGCAAUAUUGCGAAUGCUUGAGGCCCUGGGUUCAUUACCUGAAGAAUAUCUUAAAUAUAUAUAUAUAUAUAUAUAUAUAUAUAUAUAUAUAUAUAUAUAUAUAUAUAUACAGCCUUGUUCUACAGAGAGAUGUGAACUCAGAGGGAGGACUUGCAAAAGGAGCUAAGGUGGAGGAAAGAUAGAGCCAAAAGUCUUGAGAGUGUAAGAUUAGAGAGACUCUUAAGAAAGAGGGCCAAUGUUAUAUAAAUGUUGAGACACAGUGGCCUGCCCAGGUCACAGCAUUUAGUCUAGAACAGUCUAGAGCUGCCCACUUCCUGCCCCACAUGCAGGUGAGGAGCAGCUAGAGUCCCUCCAGGCUUGACCACAAUCCACACCACAGUGUCCAAGCACAGUGAUACGUCCCAUGGUCAUGGUCAUCUGAGAGGCACAGCUGUCUCAUGAGGCACAGGGGAACUUCCUUAGGGACCAGGCUGGGAAGAGACAUGCCUUUAGAAUGUUCUCAAGAUUCUUUGCCAAAAUUCCAAGGACAGGGCUCUGUUACAUUGAUACAAAAACUAAAAACAACAGACUCCCUACCCUAGGAGAGGGUGCUGGAUUCAGUGAUCCAUCACCCAGGUCAGACUCCCCACGGGCAGUGGGGAACAAGUCUGAGCAACAGAGGCCUCAGGAGCUACUUCUCAGUGAAGGUGGCCAAGAGGUCACUGCGGGAAGCCACCCCCUCAGGGACCUCGGUUUUGAGGAACAGGCUACUCCAUCUUGUGUAAAAACUCCAUUAACCAUAAGCCUGCCUGACACGUACACAGGCAAGACCACCCCUCACCCACCUCCUAGAUAUGUUUACUUAACUUUUGCAGCUGCAUUCCUUCCUGGGAUAGCUCCACAAUUAGCAGGACAGGUAUGACCAUAGAUGGCAAGGAAAGAGCAUUCCAAGGUUAGGUAACCAUAGCAACCCCAUUUACUGGAGACCCUCCCCAACCUUAGCCAUCCUUAAAUACAUGUGAAAAAUUUUCAAUAAACGAGACUUGAUCAGA